AUGCGCCCCACAACGCGCGAGGAAUUCGAGAUCGCCAUCAUCUGCGCGCUUCCACGCGAGGCAGACCCCAUCAGAGCGCUUUUUGAUGAAGAGUACGAUGACCACGAGAGAUUCGGAAAGCUGCCACGUGAUGUGAAUGUUUAUACGAAUGGCAGAAUCGGUGAACACCAUGUGGUGCUGUGCUACAUGCCAAGCAUGGGGAAGGGAGUGGCCGCUGGGGUCGCGUCCGGUUUGCGCCUGAGCUAUCCGAGCAUUCAACUCGCUCUCGUGGUCGGUGUCUGUGGUGCUGUGCCUUUCCCAACACCGUCUACUGAAAUCGUCCUCGGCGAUGUAAUCAUCAGCGACAGCCUGGUCGAAUACGACUUUGGCAGACAAUACCCUGAUCAAUUUGUGCGGAAACGUGAUCCCAAAAAUGCCCUGGGGAGACCAAACCACGAGAUUCGAGCCGUUUUGUCGAGUCUUCAGACAUAUGAGAUCCGCCAGGCUUACAACGAAACAAUGCUGCGCCAUGUCCGGACGUUGGCUGAUCGCAAACCUCUGUGGACCUACCCUGGGGGUGAGCACGAUGUUCUUCGGUCGGACAUUCCUUGUGCUUUUCACGAUGAAAAGAAUGAUAAUCAGCCCGGUACUGCUGAUUCUCAGGACCACCGAGAACCUUGCGCUCGCCCAGAGGCUUGUAUCAUUCAUAGGAAGAGGCUGGAAUCAGCGAAGGUCGACCCGGUCUGUCAUAUUGGAACCAUGGCGUCUGCGGAUACUGUGAUGAAGUCCGGGAAGCACCGUGAUCAGAUCGUCGCAGAGGAUGGUGUCAUCGGCUUUGAAAUGGAAGGGGCCGGCAUCUGGGACAAUAUGCCCUGCGUGAUCAUCAAAGGUGUUUGUGAUUACGCUGACAGACACAAGAAAAAGUCUUGGCAGGAUUACGCUGCAGCAACUGCAGCAUGUGCGGCGAAAGCGUUCUUGAAGUACUGGAGACCGCACUUGAGCAAAGUGAUACCCGAAAUUGACAAGAACUGUCUGAAAGACCUUCUGUUGACUGAUCCUCGGGACGACAAACUUCGAAUUGAACAGAACAAGGGCGGUCUGUUACAUAAAUCUUUUUCCUGGAUUCUUCAACAUCCUACUUUUCAACAAUGGCGACAGAACGGAGAUACCAAGGUGCUGUGGAUCAAGGGAGAUGCUGGCAAAGGCAAGACGAUGCUCAUGAUCGGCCUCAUCGAUGAGCCUACUACGCAAACCGCCGGUAUCGGAAAUGCCUCAGACGACAAGUCCGCGUUAGUUUCCUACUUCCUCUGCCAAGGCAGUGACUCAAGAUUCAACAAUGCCACCGCAGUAUUACGCGGACUACUAUACAUGAUCACCGCCCAACAGCCACAGUUGCUUCGAUACCUUCGAUCUAGAUAUGAGCCAGCUGGCCGACAUUUGUUCGAGGGUCUGAACGCAUUUUACUGUUUGUCGGAGAUAUUUCUCAAUCUGCUACAGGAUUCUCAACUGCCUAGGUUGUGUAUCAUAAUCGACGCAGUUGACGAGUGCGAAAAAGAACUUCCCCAGCUGCUCGGUCUCAUCACGCACACAAAGGUCCUCAACUCCAAUAUCAAGUGGAUUGUGUCUAGCCGCAAUCGAGAUGACAUCGGGCAGCACCUAGAUCGACACUCCAACAUUACCACUCUUCGACUCGAAUCGGUUCCACAGCAGAUAUCACUGGCGAUGACCAAUUUUGUCAACGUCCGAGUCUCCCAGAUACCCGCUUUGAAAGAGCACAUUAACCUCCAAGACAAAUUGAAAAGUCAAAUCUGUCAAAAGGCCGGCGGAACCUUUUUGUGGGCCGCUUUAAUCGUUGCUGAACUUGGAAAGGAUGUCUUCCCAGCCGAGAUGAUUGACCUCCUUGAUGAAACUCCUGCUGGUCUCAUACCACUAUUUCAGAAAAUGAUGGAAAAGAUUGAGCAGUUACACCCCAGGAAUGUGAAACGUUGCCUUCGGGUUCUGGCAGCAGCAGCGCUAGCCUACCGACCUCUGCACUUGCUUGAGAUGAGAACUGUGUCGGGUCUCUCAGACAAAAUCUCAAGUAUCACAGACCUGGAGAGAAUCGUCAACAUGUGCAGCUCGUUUAUUUCGACGCGUGAAGAUCAUGUGUCUUUCAUUCAUCAGUCAGCAAAGGAAUAUCUCAUUUCGAAUCACUCUGAUGCCAUUUUCAACAAUGGCUCUCAAGAAGCUCACUAUGAAAUUUACUCUCACUCACUUGAAGCGAUGUCGAGAAAUUUGCAUCGAGAUAUAUGUGAGCUGAAUGAUCCUGGUCCCACUGAUGUCGAACCAAGUCGCAAAAGCAGUGCACUAAUCGCCGUUGAGUACUCGUGUCUUCACUGGUUUGACCAUCUGUGUCAAAGCUCCGAAAAGAGCUCGGAUUUCGAAGAGGAAUUCGCAGAGGAGGGAAAACUCCACUGUUUCUUUGCUAUGCAUUCUCUUCAUCUGUUGGAGGUACUGGGAAUUCUGCGUGAGAUUUCGCGAGGAAUAUCUAUCAUCAGACGACUGCAACAGAAUGUCAAGGUACAACAAUCUCGGGAGAGACAUAUUAAAAAGAAAUACGUGUCACUAAACAAUAUUAUAGGUCAGCCAAAGCCCUGA